CCUUCCUUCUCCUCUUCUCUCGUACAGAGCAGCACCUUCAGGACCCAGACUUGGAAGCGCAUCCUCUUCAUCUCUGCGCCAGGACCUCCUUUGAAGGUAGCCAGGAUCCGACUUUCCCUCCUUUGCUCACACGCCUAGCAGGCCACACAGUCAGCAUGACCUCCCACCUUCCUUACAAAGGGCUAUCUCUCGCCCUCCUCGCUCUACUCGUAUCAUCCAGCUCAGCCGCCGAGAUCCAGAAUCUCGUGAAGCGUGCCGAGGCAGCUGCCACUCCAAAAAAGUCCUUCAUCGAGGCUCACUUCCAGAAUGAACACCACAUCCAGACAUUCGACUUGGCCAGCUUCUUCUCCCUACACGAUCUGAACAGGGAUGGCAUUCUUGAUCGAUCUGAAAUCGAAGCCAUCUAUGGAGUACAUCACUCGCUGUCUGUCAAGCAUUCCGCCAACUAUGAGACUCACGAUGCAAAGGCAGAUCUCAUCGUAAAUGCUGUGCUGGCCAGUCUGGAUAAGAACAAAGACGGGCUAAUCACCAAGAGCGAAUUCAUCGCAGGGGGAAAGGAUGGACUGCCCUCCUUCCCAGAGUUUGGCGAGAAUGCGCUUGGCCACCACUACGAUGAGGAGUCUGAGUUCUUCAUGCACCACGAAGAGAUCUACCACAACACCCCAGAGAGCCAGAAGGCAGAAGCAUACACCCACCCAGAGGACCACGAGCAUUUCGCUCACCACCAAGAGAUUGAGGAUGAGGAGGAGCGCAGAGAGCGCAAGGCCGAGGGUAUGCCUACAAUGGAGGAAGAUGAGCGCCUGAAGAAGGAGGCCAAGGCCAAGGGAGAGAAGUACGUCUCGCCCUACGAGGCCCAGAUCCCAGUCAAGGGAUCCACGCCGCCAGUGCACGAAGGUUGGGAUGCACACGAGGGUGGUGGAGCUGCGAGCGAAGCAGAGGCAGGCGCUCAGCACGUUUUCCGGGGUCCUUCGGGAGCUCACGUCGUAAAGACGAGCGAGGAACAGGCCAUCAAUGCCCAGCAAGCCGUGCUAGAGCACGACCUUAAGCCCGAUCGACUCGAAGGCGAAACGGACCACGGCUACGAGGACCGUCUGAAGGCGGCAAAGGAGGCAUACGAGUUCAAGCACGCAAUGUACAACAAUCAAGUUGCCAAUACCGGAAAAGGGAGGGGUACAGUGCAGUUGAGCAAGCUGGCAGACGAGACGGAUGAGCAGUAUGAGAGGAGGAUAGCAAGGGCUAAAUUCGAUGCUGCUAAGAGUCGACCUGGUAUGGCGCCGCCUUCGUCUGGCAAGGGUCAGGCUCCUAAUAAGUAUCCCCCGAUUGGAGGAAAAAGGAAGAAGGGCUCCUUCUUCGGAGAGUUCUAGAGGCCGAGGCUGAGUGGGAUGUUCGGUGUCCUGUUUCAUCGUGGCCGAUCGACUUGGCUUCGAGGAAGGGGACGACCUUCUCGA